AUGGGCGACAGAAACCCGUCGACGUCUCCCGCUUUUCAGUCGGAGGGCUUCAGUCCACCUUACAGGAAGAGAAAAAGGACAGUGGAAGAUUUUAAUCAGUUUUGUACGUUUGUUUUGGCCUAUGCUGGUUACAUCCCAUAUCCUCAAGAGAACUCUUCUCUGCGAAGUACUUCCAGCCCUCCCAACAGCACGGGAAGCACAGUAGAUAGUGAUGGCUGGACCCCGGGGCCAUCGCCGUCUUGUCCCCAACACCCUUUCAUCGUCCCUCUGGAAAACAGGAAACAUCCACACUUGGGGGCCACACCGUCCAGUCACAUUAAGAAAGAUCACACGUUCACCAGCCUGCAUCCAGAGGAUCGCAGGAAAGCCGAGAAGCUGAAGAAGAAAAAGAGGAGAAAGGAGAGGGAGCUUCAGGCCGGCGAGGAACACGGGCAAUCUAACUCGCCCGAUCCGACCACGCAGUCUCCGUUUUCCUUCUGCAACUUUCCUAUAAAAGAGGAGCCGGAAGACGACGUCAGCAUUCCGCUCCAUCCUCAGCGCGUCACCAGCCCGUCCAAAUUCAAAGAGGAGCCCCAGGAAGAGCGCUGCCAAUGGGAUGGACGAGACUUGGAGGAAGGAGUGGUCAAGGUACAGAAAGUGGAGGGCGUUUCCGGAAGCAGAACGGUGUUCCGUCAGGGCAAGCAAGUGGUUUUUCGAGAUGAAGACGGGUCAGGAGAGGAUGAAGAUAUCAUGGUGGACUCAGACGACGACUCGUGGGACCUGGUGACGUGUUUCUGCAUGAAGCCGUUCGCCGGCCGCGCCAUGAUCGAGUGCAACAAAUGUCACACCUGGAUCCACCUGUCGUGCGCCAAAAUCCGCAAGAGCCACGUGCCCGAAACGUACGUGUGCCAGAGUUGCAGAGAAAACGACGCGAACGGCACCGCCGGAGCGGAUGCCCGCCGCUCCCAUCGCCCCCGCAUAGGUCCGCGUAAACACCUGCUCGAAUGA